AUGGCAGAGGAAUUUAUGCCUGGAGUGGGCCCCUUGCUUUCAGUCAGGGGAGAAAGCAUUCUAUCAUGGAUUGGGGAUGAUAAUUUUGUUGUGGAGGAUGAAACUACUUCAACUCAAGAGGCAUCAUUUCUCUCCCUGAAUUUGCAUGAUCUUGCGGAACAAUUAGCUAAAGUGGAUAUAUCAGAGAGGCUCUUCAUUGAAGCAGAUCUAUUACCAACAGAAUCGGGAUCAAAUACAAGCAGCAACCAGGAAUUUGACCAAAUGCGAACAAUAGGAUCAGAGGCAAGCAGCAGUCAUGGAUCUGACAGAAAACCAGCAGCUCAAGUUAAAGCAACCUCAACAAUCUCCGAAGACUUGGCCUUCGAAGAUUUUUCUGAGAAGAAUAAGGCUGUCAAUCAAAAUGCCAAGGUUUUUGCAUCAGGGUUGACCAUAGGCAAUUCAAACCCAAUUUCAUUAAUUCAGGGAUCAGAUGUCAAGGAUAAUUUGAAUUCAAAUCAGCAUGGCGAAUCCAAUCAAAGCACAGCUCUGGAGUCCUCAGCACAGUUCAAUGUGAGUUCUGUUGCCCCUGAGAGCAAGCUGCCCACGUUCGAAGCAGCAGCUGCCGAGUCCGAACUGGAUAUGCUUCUUGAUUCUCUUAGUGAGACCAAGCUACUUGAUUCUUCUGGCCUAGGGUCCGGUGCUUCACCCAUUUCAGAGAAAGAAGCACCGGCACCCCCUGGCUCAGCAAAAACCACUUGCACUGCUGCCACCCUGGACAACGUACUUGAUGAUUUACUUGAGAAAACAUCUGAUUCACAAGAGAAAGAGGCUGCUACGCCUGUGCCCCUACUCGCAAGAAAUGCUGCUGGUUCGGCGAAAACCCCUUCUAUAGCUGCCACUCUAGAUGUUGUACUUGAUGAUUUACUUGAGGAAACAUCUAAUUUAUCAAACCAAAACAAUUUGCAUCAGCCUUCAGAAAUGAAGGCUGCUUAUGAAAUUCAAUCUUCUUCCUCUCAGUCUGUCAGCAAGUCCAAAGUUUUGGAUGAUUUUGAAUCAUGGUUAGAUACAAUUUAA